AUGCUGUAUUUGUAUUCAUUCCUCCUCAUCGUACUUCUGAUUUCUGAAUUGGCCGUCCCCAUUUUCGCGUUUGUUUACAGGCAAGAGAUUGAUGAAAGACUUGAGAAAUCCAUGACUAGUGCCAUAAAUAACCCUACUAAAGAGGUAACUCUAUUCAUGGACUUGAUUCAAUCAUCAUUUCAAUGUUGUGGAGUCAAAGGUCCUAAAGACUAUAAAAAAGGACCCCCAGAUUCAUGCAUAAAGGAUGGAACAGUCUUCAAGGAA